AUGCAAAAGGAAAACUCAAAUAUGGUGCCAUUGCGAGAAAUGUGGACAAACUCGCCGAAUACCCGCAACAGAGCUAUCGUCCUCGUCUCAGCCCAAGAUGCAGAUGAGCAGUUGAUGGUCAACGAGAUUCAUUUAACCGUAUUUGUCAUGCUGUUUGUUGUGUUCUGCGUCAUCUGCUUCAUCAUGUAUUUUCUCGAUCGCUACAAUCUCACCGGAUCCACCUUCUUCCAAUCAACAGGUCACGACACAAGACGUCCGGAUACACCGAUCCCACUUCAGGAACUCAAAGCCCCACCAGUCAGCUAUCACGCGCCACCGCCAUACACCGAGAUGCCCGUCUAA